GACUUCCACGCUGCUGGCGGCGCGCGUGGAACACAUCGCUUGCGUCUUCCUGUCCGACAAAACGUCAAAAGUUUAAAUUAAAGCUCCUUGUUUUAUUUAGUUUUUCUUGUAUUUACACAGAAGACAUCAAAACGCUGCCACGGAAUUUUUACGCGAUAAAAACUCGUCUCCAUAAGGUUUUUCUUCUCUUUUCUAAAUCUCAUUGACAUCCUUUGCUCUUCUCAACGUGUGGCUCACGUGGGCACCAGGACUUUUGUGCUACUCUUAAAACAUCCAUCAUCAGGUAUCAUCGGUUAGCAUUAGCAUUCGUAUAGAAAAUGACAAAGAUGGCAACCCUGAUUUUGGAGGACGGGGCGACGUUCAGGGGCCGCCUUUUUGGUGCAAAUGUAUCAGUGUCGGGAGAAGUUGUGUUUCAGACGGGCAUGGUGGGCUACCCUGAGGCUCUUACCGACCCAUCCUACCGCUGCCAGCUGUUGACUCUCACUUACCCUCUAGUUGGCAACUAUGGAGUACCAAAGGAUGAAGAGGGAGAGUUUGGACUAAGCAGGUGGUUCGAGUCGUCCAAGAUCCAUGCUGCAGCUUUGAUUAUUGGAGAACUGUCAGAGAAUCCCAGUCACUGGAGUUCAGAAAAGUCGCUGGACCAGUGGCUCAAAGAGCAAGGCAUUCCUGGACUGCAAGGGGUUGACACCCGUUGCCUGACCAAAAAGAUCAGAGAGAAGGGUACCAUGUUGGGGAAGCUGAUUGUGGACGGGACCCCUGAGGACAGUAUUCCCUUUGAUAACCCAGAUCAGAGGAACCUGGUCCAGGAGGUGUCCAUGAAGGAACCGAGAGUGUUCAACCCGAAUGGUAGUUUGCGAAUCACAGUGGUGGACUGCGGCAUCAAGUACAACCAGAUCCGCUGCCUGGCUCAGAGAGGAGCCCGUGUUACAGUCGUUCCAUGGGACCACCCGCUGGACAGCACUGACUUUGAUGGUUUGUUCAUCAGCAAUGGUCCGGGGGAUCCCCAGUUCUGUCAGCCCACCAUCAACAACUUGAGGAAAGUGGUCUGUGUGGAUCAGCCGAAGCCAGUUUUUGGUAUCUGUCUCGGACAUCAGCUGCUCUCUUUAGUCAUUGGGACAAAAACCUAUAAGAUGAAGUAUGGCAACCGUGGCCACAACCAGCCAUGCAUCCAUAACGGAACGGAUCGCUGCUUCAUCACCAGUCAAAACCACGGCUUUGCUGUUAACCACGACACGCUACCAAAUGACUGGGACGUGCUGUUUACUAACGCCAACGAUCACACUAAUGAGGGGAUCGUACACAACACAAAACCCCUCUUCAGUGUUCAGUUCCACCCAGAGCACAUGGCCGGGCCGACAGAUCUGGUCAGCUUGUUUGACGUUUUCCUCGACACCGUGAAAGACCAGAAAGAGGGAAAAGCGGGAAAAUCUGUAAAGCAGCGUCUGAUGGAUCACCUCACCUGUUCUGGUUCCACAAAGGCUGAGAAGGUUAUUAGACCCAGGAAAGUCCUCAUCCUGGGCUCUGGUGGACUCUCCAUUGGCCAAGCUGGAGAGUUUGACUACUCUGGUUCCCAGGCUAUAAAAGCUCUGAAGGAAGAGAACAUCCAGACUGUGUUGAUCAACCCCAACAUCGCCACUGUCCAAACGUCUAAAGGUCUGGCCGACAAAGUCUACUUCCUGCCAAUUACACCGGAGUAUGUCACCCAGGUGAUCAAAAAUGAGCGUCCGGAUGGAGUUCUGCUAACCUUUGGUGGACAGACUGCUUUGAAUUGUGGUGUGGAGUUGACAAAGCAGGGUGUUCUGGAGAAGUACAAAGUCAGGGUUCUGGGAACACCAGUUGCUUCCAUUGAGAUGACUGAAGACAGGAAGAUCUUUGUGGAGAAAAUGGAGGAAAUCAAUGAGCAUGUUGCUCCCAGUGAAGCAGCGUUGUCAGCAGAGCAGGCAGUGGCAGCUGCUGAGCGUCUAGGAUACCCCGUCCUUGUCCGUUCAGCGUUCGCUCUCGGCGGCCUGGGCUCAGGCUUUGCAAACAACCGAGAGGAGUUGAUCUCUCUGGUAACAUCAGCCUUCGCCCACACCUCUCAGGUACUGGUGGACAAAUCCUUGAAAGGCUGGAAGGAGAUUGAAUAUGAGGUGGUCCGAGAUGCCUAUGACAACUGUGUUACUGUGUGUAACAUGGAGAAUAUUGACCCUCUGGGCAUCCAUACAGGUGAAUCCAUUGUAGUAGCACCCAGUCAGACACUUAACGACCACGAGUACAACAUGUUGAGGAACACAGCCAUCAAAGUAAUCAGGCACCUUGGCAUUGUGGGAGAGUGUAAUAUCCAAUAUGCUCUGAGCCCGGAAUCAGAUCAGUACUACAUCAUCGAGGUGAAUGCUCGCCUGUCACGCAGCUCAGCUCUGGCCAGUAAAGCAACUGGUUAUCCUUUAGCCUACGUAGCAGCCAAACUCGGCCUAGGGAUCCCCCUGCCACAGCUCAAAAAUUCUGUCACCAACUCAACAACAGCAAACUUUGAGCCUAGUUUGGACUACUGUGUAGUGAAGGUGCCUCGCUGGGAUCUCAGCAAGUUCCUCAGAGUUUCCACCAAGAUCGGCAGCUCCAUGAAGAGUGUUGGGGAGGUCAUGGCAAUUGGCCGCAGCUUUGAGGAAGCCUUUCAGAAAGCUUUGAGGAUGGUGGAUGAGAACUGCGUGGGCUUUGAUCACACCAUCAAGCCUGUCUCUGAAAAAGAGUUGCAGACCCCCACAGACAAGCGUAUCUUUGUGUUGGCGGCAGCAUUCAGAGCAGGUUAUACAGUCGACCAGCUGUAUAAUCUCACUAAGAUCGACCGAUGGUUCCUGCACAAGAUGAAGAACAUUGCUGAUCAUGAGAGACUCCUGGAGACGUACAACCAGGAUGAGAGCACGAUUCCUCCAGAGGUGAUGCGUAAGGCCAAGCAGCUGGGCUUCUCAGACAAGCAGAUAGCACUCGCUGUGCAGAGCACUGAGCUGGUUGUCAGAAAGCUGCGUCAUGAUUGGUCCAUCCUGCCCGUCGUGAAGCAGAUUGACACAGUGGCAGCUGAGUGGCCAGCGCACACCAACUACCUGUACCUAACCUACCACGGCACUGAAAACGACCUGAGCUUUAACGAGCAGCACGUCAUGGUGAUCGGCUCGGGUGUGUACCGCAUCGGCAGCAGUGUGGAGUUUGACUGGUGCGCGGUCGGGUGCAUCACAGAGCUCAGGAAGAUGGGUUAUAAAACUAUCAUGGUGAACUACAACCCGGAGACUGUCAGCACAGACUACGACAUGUGUGACCGCCUGUACUUCGAUGAGAUCUCCUUUGAGGUGGUGAUGGAUAUCUAUGAGAAGGAAAACCCAGAGGGGGUGAUCCUCUCCAUGGGUGGCCAGCUGCCCAACAACAUUGCCAUGUCGCUUCACCGUCAGCAGUGUCGCAUCUUGGGAACGUCACCUGAGUUCAUUGACAGUGCCGAAAACAGGUUCAAGUUCUCAAGAAUGCUGGACACCAUCGGCAUCAGCCAGCCGCAGUGGAAGGAGCUUUCUGACACAAAGUCUGCUGUGAAGUUUUGUGAGACAGUGGGUUAUCCCUGCCUGGUUCGUCCCUCCUACGUUCUCAGUGGGGCGGCCAUGAACGUCGCCUACAGUGACGGCGACCUCGAGAAAUACCUGACUAAUGCUGUAGCUGUGUCCAAAGAACACCCUGUUGUUAUCUCUAAAUUCAUACAGGAGGCCAAGGAGAUAGACGUAGACGCGGUCGCUUGUGACGGGGUGGUGAUGGCCAUUGCUAUUUCCGAACAUGUGGAGAACGCUGGCGUGCACUCGGGUGAUGCUACGUUGGUGACACCACAUCAAGACCUGAAUCAGAAAACAAUCGAGAGGAUCAUGAUGAUUGUUCACGCCAUUGGACAGGAGCUGCAGGUCACAGGACCCUUUAACCUGCAGCUAAUUGCCAAGGAUGACCAGCUGAAGGUGAUCGAAUGCAACGUCAGAGUUUCCCGCUCCUUCCCUUUUGUAUCCAAGACCCUGGGAGUGGACCUCGUUGCCUUGGCAACCCAGGCCAUCGUGGGUGAAGAUGUAGAGCCAGUGGGUUUAAUGACAGGAAAAGGAAUUGUGGGAGUAAAGGUUCCUCAGUUCUCCUUUUCUCGGCUGGCCGGAGCAGAUGUGGUUCUUGGGGUGGAGAUGACCAGCACUGGAGAAGUGGCCUGUUUUGGGGAGAACAGAUACGAAGCUUACCUCAAAGCCAUGCUCUCCACAGGCUUCAAGAUCCCCAAGAAGAACAUCCUGCUCUCCAUCGGCAGCUACAAGAACAAGAGCGAGCUGCUGCCUACCGUGCAGGCCCUGGAGUCUAUGGGAUACGACCUGUAUGCCAGUCUGGGUACGGCUGACUUCUACACAGAACACGGAGUCAGGGUGACGGCCGUAGACUGGCCGUUUGAGGAGGAUGACAGCGAUUGUCCCACCAAAGAGAAGCAGCGCAGCAUCAUGAACUACCUGGAGGAAAACCACUUCGAACUGGUCAUUAACCUGUCCAUGAGGAACAGUGGAGGUCGAAGGAUCUCUUCCUUUGUCACCAAAGGCUACAGGACCAGACGCAUGGCUGUUGACUACUCUGUCCCACUCAUCAUAGAUAUUAAGUGCACCAAGCUCUUCGUUCAGGCUCUUCAUCAGAUUGGAAGGGCUCCACCAGUGAAAACUCACAUUGACAGCAUGGCUUCCCAGACGCUCGUCCGCCUGCCUGGUUUGAUUGAUGUCCAUGUUCACCUACGGGAGCCCGGAGCCACUCAUAAGGAGGACUUUUCCUCUGGUACUGCAGCUGCUCUGGCAGGAGGAGUGACUCUGGUGUGUGCAAUGCCCAACACGUCCCCUGCCAUCACUGACACCAAUACUCUGGGUCUGGUACAAAAGCUGGCCAAAGCGGGCUGCCGCUGUGACUACGCUCUUUAUGUGGGAGCUGCUUCAGACAAUGCUGCCACCCUGCCGUCCAUCGCCAACCACACUGUCGGCCUGAAGAUGUACCUGAAUGACACAUACUCCACCCUAAAGAUGGACAACGUCUCUCUGUGGAUGGAGCACUUUGAGAAGUGGCCCAAGCAGAUGCCCAUCGUGGCUCAUGCUGAGAAGCAGACAGUUGCUGCGAUUCUGAUGGUGGCCCAGCUUUACCAACGGCCGGUCCACAUCUGCCACGUGGCCAGAAAAGAAGAGAUCCUGAUAAUCCGAGCCGCUAAGCAGAAGGGCAUCCAGGUUACUUGUGAGGUGGCACCUCAUCACCUCUUCUUGUGCGAGGAAAACGUUGGAGAGAUCGGUGAGGGGCGAGCACAGGUCCGACCCAUGCUGGGAACCCGUGAGGACAUGGAGGCACUCUGGGAAAAUUUAGAAAUCAUCGACUGCUUUGCUACAGAUCACGCUCCACACUCUGUAGAAGAGAAGAACAGCGAGCGUCCUCCUCCUGGUUACCCCGGCCUGGAAACGAUGUUGCCGCUGCUGCUCACCGCCGUCAGUGACGGACGUCUAACUCUGGAUGACAUUAUCAGACGUCUUUAUGACAACCCACGAAAGAUUUUUAAUCUGCCUGUUCAGGAAAACACCUAUGUAGAGGUGGACCUGGAGCAAGAGUGGGUUAUUCCUCAGGCCAUGCAGUUCACCAAGUCAAAGUGGACACCUUUCCAAGGCCUGAAAGUAAAGGGUAAAGUCCGUCGUGUUGUUCUCCGUGGAGAGGUGGCCUACAUCGAUGGCCAGGUGCUGGUUCCUCCUGGUUAUGGUGAAGAUGUAAAGACCUGGCCUGCUGCUACCAUCCAUCCACCUGAACCUGUGAAAGAAACCCCACUGGUAGUAAAAACUCCGGAGCAUCCGCGUCCAACUCCUCCCCGUGAAGGCCCAAUCCGAACCCGAGCACUGAGCCCCAGACGCUCUACUGGAGAGUCACGUUUCCUGCUUCCACCCCGCAUCCACCGCUCCUCUGAUCCUGGACUGCCACCAGACAUGGGCAUGCUCCCACCAGCCAGUGCUGGCGACAGUUACAGCCAUCCUCCACCUCUAUCCAGGCUGCUUUCCCCGCAGUCUGGACCAGGACAGCUGCCUCCUGCACUUGCGUCACACUUCCAAACAUCCCCUCUGCUGCACCCCCUGGUGGGCCAGCACAUCAUCUCUGUCAGGCAGUUCAGCAAGGAGCAGAUCUCGCACCUUUUCAAUGUCGCUCACACUUUGCGUUUGAUGGUUCAGAAGGAAAGAAGCCUGGAAAUCCUGAAGGGUAAGGUGAUGGCAUCCAUGUUCUAUGAGGUCAGCACUCGCACCAGCAGUUCCUUUGCAGCAGCUAUGCAGCGUCUGGGUGGCUCGGUCGUGCACUUCAGCGAGUCCACUUCAUCCUCACAAAAAGGAGAAUCUUUGGCAGACUCUGUUCAGACCAUGAGCUGCUACGCUGACGUCCUGGUGCUCCGACAUCCAACACCUGGAGCUGUCGAGAGUGCAUCGCGACAUUGUCGUAAGCCAGUGAUCAAUGCUGGGGAUGGUGUGGGGGAGCAUCCAACUCAGGCCCUGCUGGAUGUUUUCACUAUCAGAGAGGAGCUGGGGACGGUCAAUGGCAUGACGAUUACAAUGGUCGGGGAUCUGAAACAUGGCCGCACUGUUCAUUCUCUUGCCAAACUGCUGACCCAAUACCGCAUCACCCUGCGCUAUGUGGCACCCAAAAACCUCCACAUGCCAGCAGAGAUCAUCAACUAUGUGGCCUCAAAGGGAAUCAUGCAGGAGGAGUUUGAUAGUAUUGAAGAGGCUCUACCUGAGACUGAUGUUCUCUACAUGACAAGGAUUCAGAAAGAGAGAUUUGGAUCUGAGGAAGAGUACAAGGCUUGUUUUGGUCAGUUCAUCUUAACUCCUCACAUCAUGACUGUUGCCAAGAAGAAGAUGGUAGUGAUGCAUCCUCUGCCCAGAGUAAAUGAAAUCAGUCCGGAAGUGGAUACAGACCCAAGGGCUGCGUAUUUCCGUCAAGCUGAGAAUGGCAUGUACAUCAGAAUGGCCCUGCUGGCCACCGUAGUGGGCAAAUAAAUCCAGAUGCUGCUUAUUUAUAGCACAAAUGGUCAAACUGUUAUAACUAAGAUGAAGUUUUAUAUGCUAUACCUACAUGUUAUUUCCUAAAAGCUGUGAAUUUUUUUCAUUUCAACCUCUACAUGUGGUGUUACGUUUACAUGCUAGAUUAAAACCAAGUCUAAAAGUUUAACUGUUCUGCUGUACCACAACACCAUAUUCUCUUUUCACAUGACUUUCUUUUUAGUAAUAUUUCAAGUGAUAAAAUUUUGAUACUUCAUUUUUAAAUACAUUAUACAUUCAGGACGUCUUGAAAGCUCAACAAAAAUAUUUUCAUGUUUAUUUGAAGUUUACAGAUGAUUAUUGUUCGAGUGUCAUUGAGCCAUCUGGGAGGCAACGGAGGAAAAGGGAUGUGGACAUUGAAAUGAGCAUUUUUUUAAAUACUAAAUAAGUUUCUUAUUUGAUAGGUGGGUAAAGUAUUAAUUACUUUGUUGCAGUGUAUGUUACAAUGAAGGGACCAGUUAGAACUUUAAAAAGGGUAAAACACUUUCAUAGCUUAUAAUCACUUUCCAUGCGCACAUACAUGUUCUUUGAUUGCUAAUAAUGGGGCCACUUGUUUUUUAAUAAAACCUUUGCCUUCUGAAAAGUUAGUUUUCUUAAAUAUGUUAACUAAAAGCAGAAAUGCACAAAUUCUCAAAGCAGUCUUUGGAUAGUUAAUGAAUAUUUGCUGUAGCUGUCAAUGAUUUCUUGUACUGCAACAGUUGAUAAAUAAACUUUCUAUAAAAAUGGGAA